AUGGAACUAAGUACCAAAGACAAAAGGUAUCUACAGUCUGUGGACAGAGCUCUUCAGACGUUCGAUACCCUCAAUGAAUGGGCAGACUACAUAGCGUUUUUAUCCAGACUUCAGAAAGCUUUGAGUUUGGAUCCUCAUUCAAAGACAACUUGGAUACCUAACGAUUUAGAAAUAUCUAACAAGUUAUCAUUAUGUUUAACUCCCAAUUUACCCAAUGGUGUUCACCAAAAGGCAUUGUCAUUAUACGAACUCAUAUUUGGAUGUUUAACUACAGAUGUCUUCAAUAAGAACUUGAAAGUUUGGUUACCUGGUUUAUUACCGGUAUUAUCAUUUGGAUCUAUUCAAGUUAAGUCACAGAUUAUUAAGAUUUUCAACACUUUGAUUCAAGACACUUCAGUGUCCAAUUUGAAAUUGAUCACCAAGCCUUUGAUUUUGAGUUUCUUAUCCGGAUUAGACGAUGAAAACUCCGAAAGUUUCAAUGAUAUCUUCAAAUUGUUAGAUCUUUUAAAGAACAAAUUAUCCAAUGACCAUCAUUUUUGGCAAAACUUUUUCCUUGCAAUUAUAUCCAACCCCGAAAGAAGAUUAGGGGCAUUGUAUUGGUGUAAUAAGAGACUUCCUGUGUUUGUCACCAUUAAAACCGAUAAUGGUUUACAAUUUAGUGAAGAAGCUCAAAGUUGUCUUUCCCCAUCUCCUGGAUUAUUGAUCAGAAGUUUUGCUUCUGCAAUUAACACAGAAACAGUUUUCAAUUCUGCCAAUGAUAUUAUCAUUAUCAGAGGGUUCUUCGACUUGAUGCUUAGCCAUUUACCUUUGAAUAGUGGUGUUUUGGCAUCCUAUCCAAAGGAUAAAAGUUUAUUGAUGGAUGCAUGUUUGAAAGUGCUUUUAAAGAAAGAUAUGAGUUUGAAUAGAAGACUAUGGAACUGGUUAUUAGGGCCCGAUCCAGAGACCCAUGACGGUAAUUUAAGAGCAGAAUAUUUCAAGGAACAUGGAUUAGAUACUCUCAAGCAGGUUUUACUUGAGUUGAUAGAUAAGGAUGUAGAACAUCAAAUUAAUGGAUUUAAGAUGGCAUUAUCUUUGAUCAUAGAUAAGUGGGAGAUUAGUCAUCUUCUUGUUCCUCAUAUUCUUAAACCAAUCUUGACAAAAUGUUUUGAAACCUAUCAAAAGAAUGGUCCCAGAUCAAGUGAACUUUUGGCUUCAUGUCAAAAUUUUUUCAAUGGAGUUGAAUCUUCUUAUAUAUGGAGCAGUUUGAUAUCAUAUUUAAUCCAAAAUGAAGAUUUGAAAAUAUUAGAGUUCGUAUUAACAAACUUUGAUUUCAACGACGAAGAGAUGAAGUUGAUUCACGUACCUUUGGCAUUAUUAAUAAGCUUAAUCAGUUUAAUGGAUUCCGAGGUCAAUGAUAAUUGGAUAAAUAUAACUUCAGUAUUGACAGAUUUGAUAUCGCCAAAAGCUUUUGAAGAUACCACAAGCGAACCAUCAGCAGUUGAUAUAUCACAAACUGUUGGCGAAGAUGCCAUUGUAUCAAAGAUUAAAGAAUUCUACAAAGAUCCUGAAGAACCACCAUUCACCAAGUCUCAAUUGAAUAAUUUGAUCUAUAAUUCAUUCAAGAAAGUUUUGAUCAAGAAUCUUGGAGAUCCAAAGGUAUCAGGGAAGUUAUGUGAUUUGUUCACCACUUUCAUCUAUAUGUUACCACUACAAAUCCUCGAAGAUGAAGAAAUCCUUGAUAUUGUACUCAAAUAUCCUUUGACCACCAAAGAAUCCAAUGAAGUUGAACAGUACAAUAAUUUAGUGAUUUCCUUCAGUUUAUCGAAGCUUUUCAACAUCUACAAAACCAUCAAAGUUAGUGAUAAAAUGAAGAUCAUCAAAAUCAUCACCACCAAUAUGUUCCCAGCAUUGAUAUAUUCCAAUCCAAAGUUUUACCAAGUGGAAGCAGUGAAAUGUUUCUUUGAACUUUCAAGCACCUACCCUCAUUAUAUGGAAGCAGCUAUUUCUGGAUUGAUUUUAAAUGCUAGCCAUAAUGAUAGAUUGAGAGCUAUCACCUCAUUAUGGUCACAUUCCAGUUCUAAUGAAUCAGAUUUGAUAUUAAUGAGACCACUUCAAUUGAUCUUGGAUGAUUUGUUUGGUGAAGGGUUCAAUUCUAUUGGAGUAACCAAUUUCAUCAAAAAUAUCUUGGUAAGUGGCCAUUCUAAUAGAUUAUUGAAGAUGAUCACCAACCCUUUACUUGACUUCGAAUUCAUGCAAUUGGAAGUUGAAGAGAUUGACAUCCAUGAUGAGUUAUCUAAAUUCGCCUACCAUUUGAAGACCAUUAUUAAUGUUAUCAACAGUAACAAUAAGGCAUUGAAAGAAACCUUCAAUAAUGAAUUUGCUGUUAUGGACAAUAGUGCAAAGUUGAAGAUUAUACGAGCAAAUGAAUGGGAUAUUUCUACAUAUAAGAGUUUGAUAUUCUAUACAAUUGAAAAGUUCCUCAGUUUAAAGAUAAGUGAAGAUUUGUUAAGUAAUGAUUCUGCUUUACAAGAUUACUAUUCUUGUAUUGAUAACUGUUUAGAGUUAUUCAAUACUUUGAUCACUGGCAACGAACAAGAUUUCAAUGACAAAUUCCAUGGUUUGAUAGACAAUUGUUCUUACUUCAUAUCGUUCGAUAAAGUACCAUAUCAAAUUGAACUCAUUCAGACCAAAUAUUUGAAGAGUAUUUUCCAUUUAUUGAAAUUAUCUGAAGAUUCAAGAAUCAAUUUGAACCUUUUACAUAUCGAGGAUGAAAGUAGAGAACCUUUAUUGGUAAAGUUCAUCAUUCAUGGUAUUGAAAAAUCUCAUACUUCGGUUUUGCUUGAAGAGUGGAUGAAAUUAUUGACCCGAUCCUUAUACCUUUUCAAUGAGUCAGUGUUCAGUGUAUUAUCAACAUUAAACACUUCCAUCAUUUCCAAGAUCGAUAGUUACUUUCAUGAAAUCAAAGAUCCUAAGUUAUUAUACAAUCAUGAUAUUGAGUUAUCCAUCAAUGCAUUGAUCUCAGGAAUCGAGGAUUUGUUAUCCAUAAGUCAUAGUUACUUGUUAACAUCUAAGAUCAGAAACAAAUCAGACAUGAAGAAUGGUAAUAAUGAUAGUUUCUUGGGUAAUGUUAUCCAAGGGGUAUUUUCAAUCGAAUCACCAGCUGUAAGAACUACUGAACAAAAUAAGUUAUAUGCGAUUUUGUUAGCAUUCCAAGAAGCUACAUCUAUUGGUUUCAAACUUUGGGAAUGGAGUGAUUCAAAGAAAUCUUUGGAUGAAAGUGAUUCUACCAAUCAUUUAGCUAACAAGUUGAAAUUCAGAUCAAAGAAAUUAUUGGAAUCUUUGAUGGAUUUAGAACGUCAAGAAAUCAUUGAAAAUUUGAUUGCUAUUGAUGAAUCCAAAGUGUUUUCUACUUCUAUCAAGUUAUUGAAUGUAUUAGAUGGUGGUCGUUCACAAAUAACUUUACCACAUAUUUUCAAUUCCAUCGUCACUCGCUGUUAUCCUAAUAUUUUGGACGAUAACAAGAAAUCUCAUUUGAAUGUGAAUAUCAGUGAAAGAGAAUUGUCGAGAUUUUUGAUUUAUUACUUCCAAAGCAUUGAUAAUGAUACUAUCACAGACAUUUGGAAUUUUACUAUGCAAUUCUUUAAAGAUGUGUUGAGUCAUUUCGCUCAUUUCAAACCUUUGGUUUCUUAUUUCUUGAAGAUCAUCACUAUGAUUUCAUGUAAAUUAUCCAAUAAACCGGAUAAUAAGAAGAGCAAUAAAGAAUUAUCUGAUUUGUUUGUUAAAAUAUUAACAGCAUCAGUAAGUGGGAAAAGAAUCUUAUUCAGUUCUAAUGGGGAAGAAGAAAAAGAAGAGAAACUCAGUGAAGAUGAAGAAAAAUCUACCACUCCAGCCCCUUCAGGUGUCAAUGAAGAACUUAUAGAUACUAUUAUUGAUAUCACACCAUCAAUUGAAGACGUCUUACAGGAUCAAGAUAGAAUUUCCAGUUUCGUAAAUUUGAUCAUAUUCAACCUCAUUUCAGUUCAAAUCAAGAACAAAAAGAUUAAUGACAUUCCCAUAAGAAUCUUGAAUUUAAUCAUUAACUUAGGCCAAUUGAAUGCCAACAAAUCAUGGAAGGUCUUAGUUCAAGAUUUAUUCAAUGAUGGGAAUUUCUUUAAUAAUUUCCCCCCAUCAAGAUUCGAAAUCUGGAGUAAAAUUCUAUCCAUUUGGAUUUCAAUUGAUCAAGAUAAGUUCAGUGAAUUAAUAAGUAAAGUUUCGAUUCAAUCAAGUUCAGGAACUUUAUUCUCCUGGAAUGAAAAAUCUGAAGUGGAGAUCAAAAUCUAUUCAGUGAAGAGACUUUCAAUGUUAAUUUUAUCAUCACCCAAAGAUUACUUCUUGAGUCAUUUAGAAGAUAUAUUCAACAAGAUUGAGAAUUCCUUGAAUAACAGUUGUCCUUUAUCAUUCAAAUCAGAAAUCACUAUCUUGUUCAGAAUCUUGAUAUUGAAAUUUAGUGAAAUGCAUUUAUUACCAUACUGGUCGUUCAUCAACCAACAAUUGAUUUCAAUUUUCAAUCAUUUGAUAUCCAAGAACAUCAAAGAAUUAAGCAUUAUGACUCCUGAUGAACUUAAUCUUGUAUUGAAAGGCAGUAAAUUGUUGGACCAAUUAUUGAUUCUCCAAAAUGAUGAAUUCAAUUUGAAUGAAUGGUUGUUUGUCAAACAUAAUGCUGAUGUAAAUAACGUCGAUGAGACCGUAGUAGCAUUGAUCGAUAAAAUUUCUUCAUCAUAUGAUUUAACAGUGUUCAAAGAGCUGCCAGUGAAUUUAUCCACCAAUGAUGAUAAAUUAAUACCGUUAUUGAAGGACAUUAAGACCAUCACUUCUAUAAGUCAAUUAAGAACAUUUUUCGAAAGUUUGAGUUACUUGAACUAUGAAAGAGUCUACAGUUUAAAACCAGUUGACUUCGAUAUCUGUCAAUCAGAUAUAAUCAAUGAUUUAAUAUAG